ACAUGCCCCUCUUUGCCUCUCAUUCUGACGCACAAAGACAAGCAAAACACACACGCGCGCACGCACAAAUCUUCAAAGCCAACUGCUUUUCAAAGUCUGCCUAUUAGCUAAAGAGAUUACAUCUGGGGUCCUGAACCAAAUAAAUAAGGUGAGAGGAGUGUUAGUGCUCAGUUAUUUCAGAGGAGGAGAUUUGGUCCACCUCAGGAUCCUCUUAACACAUCAGUGGUGAGCAGAAGGGAAACACACAGUCUCACUCACUCACUCACAAGCUCUGUUACAGAGAGAACUGCUCCAAAGAGAGCUGGACGCAGCAGGGAUUACACUUUUUUUCAUACUGUGGAUUCCUCUCAUUUCAUCAAGAACAGAUUUUCAGUUGCAUUUGGGUUGUUUUAACAUUCUUUUCCAGUCUUCUCCAGAACAAUUUUUGCCUCUUGUUGUCUGUCGUUCUUAUUUCCUCCAUCCAAAAGGGGCUCUUCAAGCUCUCCAGUGGAUUGUACGGAGGAGGUGAGAGGUGAGGCGGUUCUCACAGAGGUGUUUUGAGUUAUGGAUGAUGACACAUUCCUUUUGGACACGAGGGGAACCAGAUCUAGUCUGAAAAGCAGCAGCAGAAGCGACCACAGACGCUUGGGGCUUCAACUUCGGCCAGCACCCUUUCUCUCCUACACCUCUUCAGCAUGUACCUUUCUGUGAGGGUCUUCCCAGUCCUCCGAGUUCCAGUACAAUGUGCAAAUGGAAAGUGACUAAGGGUGCCUCAGCCUGGUUUCGUCUGUCCUGCCUUUCCCUUCUGCUGCUUCUUCUCCUGUGUUCGGUGCUGCCCGUGGCCUGCCAUGACAACCAAAGGGCCGUGCGUGCCCCGAGGGGCACCAACUCCUCGUCCCUGGCGGCGGUCGGGCGGCAUGUGCGCAGCUACAACCACCUCACAGGAGACGUGCGGAGGAGGAAACUCUUCUCUUACCAGAAGUUCUUUCUCAGGAUCGAUAGAAAUGGAAAAGUCAACGGUACCAAAAGCAAGGAUGAUCCGUACAGUACACUCGAAAUCAAGUCUGUGGAUGUGGGCAUCGUUGCCAUCAAGGGGAUUCAAAGCAAUUACUACCUUGCAAUUAACAAGAAAGGGGUGGUCUACGGGGCGAAGGAUUUUGGCAUUGACUGCAAGCUGAUAGAGCGGAUAGAGGAGAACAGGUACAACACCUACGCCUCCGCAGAGUGGAGGAAUAAGAAAAAGCCCAUGUUCGUUGGCCUAAGUGCCAACGGAAGGCCAAUGAAAGCCAAAAAGACCCGGAGAAAAAACACAGCCACACACUUCCUCCCCAUUCUGAUUGUGUAGCUACAACCUCACAAAGUGAACAUUUAACUGCACUGAGGAAAGACUUGGAUUUGUCUACAGUAUAAAGGGAACAGUCUGGAGAAGGCACUAUGUAAAGGAACUAAGAGAACUCAUGAGUCAGAAUGUUGUCACAUAUUUGUUUUUAAGUUAUUGGCACCAAGGAAAAAAUAUUGGACAUUUUUAAUGCCAACCCUUUUUCUAGCAAAGGAAAGUUUGGACCAAAAUUGAUGGAGAGGAAUCAGACAUUGCCGCACGCAACCUCCCAGAAUUAACUUAGGAGACCUUUCACAGAGUGUAUUGCUUGUGUGUAUUUGUGUGUGUGUGACCUUUGGAUGCAGUCAUUUAUGCUGUACUAACUCAUAAGAGACACUCUAAUGGACUCAGUGGACUGAAAGUUAUGCAAACAGUUACUGGAAGCACUUGCUCCGAGGUGCAAGACAGAGAGGCAGAGACGGAGACCUAGCAUCAUGCGAUCAGAAUUUAGUCAAGCUAGCACAAUAGUGUAAACAACUCUAACAUUAUUAACAUGCAAAAGCCACUGUAUUUGUUAUCUCCAUUCUUUACCUGACUGCUUUUUAAUAAAUUAUUUAUUUUAUGUAAUAUUUAAAGGAAAAGCAAAGACAAAAAAAAAACAUGGAAUGGACCUUUUUAUCAUUUAUGCUCCUAUUUAAAAAAAAAGAAAAGAAAAGAAAAAAAAAGCUA